AUGGUGGUUCUGAAUGUACUACUGGUAAUCAAAUGGCUAGAAAUAACAUUGUCAAAGGCCUUUGUCGAAUAUCUUUUGUCUGAAAGCGUGGGCUCGCACUUUCUCGAGGCGAUCAUCAAAAACGACGGUGCCCGAAUGAAGUACAUCGAGAGAUUGCACAAGCUCUCCAUGAAGGCCCGGGUGUUGAAGUUGGCCAAGCGUGCCACCACCGGAGCCUGCAUCAAUAAGGCGUCGAUGGUUAAGCUCAAGCCCGGCGAGAUCUCCGGGCUUGUGUCGGUCUCUGAGAACCAGAACAUAGAACUAUGCAAGUCUGUUAUUGAAGCGUCUAUGUCGCGGUUCAACUACCGGAGAGACAACCUCGUACAGCAGCUUUUCAAGAAGUUUGCACUCAACUAA